GCGAUGAUGUUUUAUUGUAGAAGCAUCUUCGCGUUUCAAGAUUUUUUUUGUUUGUUUGCUUUUUAUUUUUGAGAGAGCGUGUGAGUGGGGCUGGGGGACAGAGCGGGAGGCACAGAAUCUGUAGACAGGCUCCAGGCUCUGAGCUAGCUGUCCACAUAGAGCCCAACGCGGGGCUCAAGCCCACGAACCGGGAGAUCAUGCCCUGGACCAAAGUCAGAGGCUCCAUAUUUCAAGACUUAUAAAUGUCACCCCGACUCCUUUUAAAGCGCUUGCACUCCUCAGGCCUGUUGCCUGGGAGGCAGGAGCUAGAGCGCAGGCGCGAGAAGCAGGUGGGGCGGGGCCCCGAGGAAGCCUGCACUUAUUGGUUGGUGGGAGGAACUCGCCAGGGCUGUCGUUGCGGAUUGGCUGCUACGUGGACCCCCUCUCCCGGUUCCGGUAAGUUGGCGGGCAACCGCGCCGCCGCCAUGGCGACUGGCGAGCGGGCGGCGGUUCCCUCUUUGUGGCCCGUAGAGGCCCGGUUGGCGGCGCUGCUUCCCGACCUGCUGGUGUUCAGGAAGCCCCGAGGACCGGAACCCGAGCUCGCCACGGCCCAGGGCGUCCUCCUUGGCGUCCACGUGACGGGGUUUACAGCAUUAAUGGACAGGUUCAGCCUGACCUGCAAGUCGGAACAUGACAUGGACAAACUGGCCCACAUCUUCAGUUAUUACAUUAGUGACAUCGUGGAGCAUGUGCUGUGUUUUGGAGGAGAUAUCCUAAAUAUCACAGGGAAUGUGCUCCUAGCACUCUGGACGGUGAAACAGAAUCAACUGAGUGACAUCAUUACCCUGGUGGCAAAAUGCAGUCUGGAGAUACAGGAGAAAUUUGGGAUCUACCAUACCAAAGAAGGCCAGGACCUGCAGCUAAAGAUAGGUCUGUCUGCAGGUCAGAUCUCCCAGGUUAUUGUUGGAGAUGAGCAACGACAGUACCUCUUGGUGGUUGGGCAGGAUGUAGAUGAUGUCCAGUUAGCUCAGCGUUUGGCUCAGGCAAAUGAGAUUGUCCUGUCCUGGAACUGCUGGAAGCUCUGUGAGCAGUACAUGUUUGAAGUGGAAAUCAUGAGGGAGGAUGAAGCUGUGAAGUUAAGAGAUAUGCGGAUCAUUGACCCAUUUGAUUUUGAUGAGCAUUUUGACAAGUGCCUCGAUUACCUGCCACAUUACCAGACAAGUGCUGAUACUUUAAGGACUGCCCUGGAUUUGGAUCCAGACUCUGCACUUGAACAAACCCUGCGGAAGCACAUAAUGAAAAACCUUUUGAAAAAGAUUGAUGAAGGGCAGCCUACGGAGUAUGUAUCCGAAUUCCGUACCGUGACUAUGGUUUUGGUCAGCCUAGAGUUCCACAAGUCAGCAUGGGUGUUGCAUUUAUGUCAUCUUAUCCAGGAGGCUGCCCUGUACAUCUCCACAGUCAUAGAGAAAGGGGGUGGCCAGCUGAGCCGGAUCUUUAUGUUUGAGAAAGGCUGCAUGUUCCUCUGUGUUUUUGGCCUUCCUGGAGAUAAGAAGCCAGAUGAGUGCGCACAUGCCCUGGAGAGCUCCUUCAGCAUCUUCAGCUUCUGCUGGGAGAAGCUUGCUGAGACCAAGCUUGUUUCCAUCAGUAUCACCAAUGGACCAGUAUUCUGCGGUGUGAUUGGGGCAGUAGCAAGACACGAAUAUACAGUUAUUGGCCCAAAGGUGAGCCUUGUGGCCAGAAUGAUAACUGCUUAUCCAGGUUUGGUGUCCUGUGAUGAGGUAACAUAUCUAAGAUCCAUGCUACCUGCUUACAACUUCAAGAAGCUCCCAGAGAAAAUGAUGAAAAACAUCUCCAACCCGGGGAAGCUGUAUGAAUACCUUGGCCAUAGAAGAUGUAUAAUGUUUGGGAAGAGACAUUUGGCCAGAGAGAGAAAUAAAAAUCACCCUUUGUUAGAUCGGGAAAAAGAACUGGAAGCCUUUCGAAUGGCACAGCAGGGGUGUUUGCACCAGAAGGAGGGGCACGCAGUUUUGUAUGAAGGUGGAAAAGGCUAUGGCAAAAGUCAGCUGUUGGCUGAAAUAAACUUCCUGGCCCAGAAAGAAGGACACAGACUCAGCAUCCUUGGGCUGGUGGAGUGAGCAACCUCUCUGUGGGUCAAGGGACUCCCAGUGACCAUAGUGACAUUCACCAGGGUGUUGCCAUUGAAGCUGAAGGAAACAGAUUUCAAGCAGUGCUUCUAUGCCAUCCAGACCCUCAUGGCCAUCUUCUUUGAGAUUGACACAUGUCCAGCCUAUUACCGCCAGGAGUGCCUACACAAACAGCUCUGUGGGAUGGUGGAGGAACCUCUUCACUGUCUUUUUAAUGACCUCUUCUUUGUGAAGUUUCCCUUAUCCUUCAAAGUUUCACACAUGGAUGACCUGACCAGACAAAAGAAGGUUAAGGCAUGUUUUUUUCAAGUGCUCCAGGAGGCAGUGAGGGAAACACCGCUGAUUUUCCUCAUUGACGAAGCCCAAUAUAUGGAUGCAGCUUCCUGGGAGUUUUUGGAAACAUUGCUCUCCUCUGUGCCCAUCAUCAUGGUGAUGACAUUGACCCCUACCAUCACCCUGUGUGACUGUGCCCAGCACUUCCUGCAGAGCUCUCAAGCUGUCCUUGUGCCCAUUUUGAAGUUGGCAGCGACCUCACUGUUGAGAAUGGCAUGUUGGGAACUGGGGGUGGUGAGCAUCCCCCAAGAGCUGCAGAUCUACCUUCUUCACAGGUGCUUUGGAAACCCCCUCUACUGUGAGGUCUUAUGCCAGGACCUUCUCUCUAAAGACAUAUUGGUCUUUCAUGAUCUCCAAAAGGAGGAGGAGAAUAACAAGUGGGAGACCCUCUCAGCCAAUGCCGUGAAAUCCACAAUGUACAACAUUCCUCCUGCUGGCUCUGAAGACCAGGAACUUUAUAUCUGCACAGUCAAGGAUGAUGUGAACUUGGAUACCGUGCUUCUCCCACCAUUAUUAAAAGAAAUAGCAGUAAACCAGCUGGAUCAAUUAAGCCCAGAGGAGCAGUUGCUGGUUAAGUGUGCUGCAGUCAUUGGUCACUGCUUUCAAAUAGAUCUAUUGCAGCACCUCCUGCCUGGCUGGGAUAAAAAUAAGCUGCUUCAGGUGCUGAAGGUUCUUGUGGAUAUUCAUGUGUUCCUCUGGUUCAACAAGAGUCAAGAGCUUCCUGCCGAGUCAAUAUUAGUGCCUUCCUCUAUCAAGAUUAUUGAACAAACCAAAGAGGAGAAGAAGAAAAAGUCCGAUGCUGACUCUCCUCUCAGUCCACAAGAGGAACUAUCCCUACCUCAGACAGAGGUGCUAGAAUUUGGAGUGCCGCUCUUACGGGAAGCCGCGUGGGAGCUGUGGCCCCGGGCACAGCAGAUAGCCCUGCACCUCGAAUGUGCCUGCUUUCUCCGAGACUUGGCCUGCCGCUGCGGGAGCUGUCAUGGCGGGGACUUUGUCCCCUUCCACCGUUUCGCCAUCUGUUCUACUAAGAGCUGCAGUGGGACCUCCCGGUUCUGUAGUUACAAAGAUACUGGCUCAGUACUAACACAGGUGAUCACAGACAGACUGCAGAUGCCUUCUCCCCAAGAUAGUUUUCAGUUCCAGACAAAAGAAUGCAGAAGUCAGGAGGCCUUCACAAGUGAACACUGCAGAACAGAGGAAGAGUUCCUGGAUCAGGUGAACAGGAAGCUGGCUCAGACCAGCCCCGAGAAAGACAUGUUGACCACAAAGCCCUGUCACUGUGAGGAAAUCCUGAAGUUAGUGCUCUCACCCCUCACCCGGCAUUGCCUGGUCAUCGGAGAAGCCACAUGUGCGUUUUAUUACCUGCUGGAGGCCGCUGCUGCCUCCUUGGACCUGUCAGAUAAUUACAUGGCCUUCUUUUAUUUGAGGAAGGCAAGCAGUCUUCUGGGCCAGCCUUCAGCCUUCUCGUUUUUGAAAAAGCACAAGGUGAAGAUCUGUCAGUUUGAGGAGGCCACUUUCUGCUGUCUUCGGUCAGAGGUAUGUUUCAACAUGGGACAGAUCACCCUAGCCAAAAAAUUGGCCAGACAAGGCCUUCAACUGCUGAAAAGGAGUUUCCCUUGGACCUGGUUUGGUGUUCUUUUACAAACAUUCCUGGAAAAAUACUGGCGUUCCUGUUGCCUCAGCCGAUCUCCAGACAACCCUAGUGAGAAUAAGAAGAAGCUGGCAGUCCUGCAGCAGCGGGUGCGCUGUCUCUCCCUGCUCUGGCAGCUCUACAACCUGGAGACCACGACCAGCAGCCGCAGGUUCGCCGGCCUUGCCACUCUUAUGCAGAAGAACUCUGCUGAGGAGUUGGCAAGCGGAGCCCCGGUUGUCUCUACCUAUGUGGCCCUGUCCCAAUUCUCCCAGAAUAUGGGUGACAGGGACAGGUGGCUGCACUGUGAGCAGGUGGCCAUUCAGAAGAGCAGCCUAUGUUGGUUCUCCAGGGAGGGACUGUUGGCCACGGCCCAGCUCAUGCAGGCCUUGGCCUAUACCAAGCUCUGCCUCGGCCAUCUCGACUUCUCCAUCAAGCUGGGUUUUCAAGCUCGUGAGAUAUGCAGACACCUCAAGAAACCAGCUCUGGAGACUCUGGUUCUCUCAGUUCUCUUCAGAUCUGCAUUUCUGAAGAAAAAAUUUGACCUGUGUGUCCAUGUGCUGGAGAGCCAGUGGGUGCUCAUUUCCCAGGGUCAUGAUGUCCUUGGCCUGGCCUGCUUCUAUUCUGCUUGCUUAGAUCUGCUGCUCUAUGGAAAAGGAUUGCUAUGUCGGCCCUUCAGCGAGUGUCUGUGUUUCGUUCAACGCUAUGAGCACAGCUGCAUUCUGAACUCUCAGAGUAAUGUCAUGCUGGGGGUCCACUCGUCUCUGGCCAUGUGGUUUGCCCAGAACUCUCAGUGGAAUCUGUUUGAGCAGCACUUCUCCAAAGCUCACCAGUUGGUGAAAAGAACCAAUGCCUCACUGUUUGGUUCACAUGGCUUUGUCCGAUUCCUAGAGUGCCAUGUGCUGAUGUUACAAAAAAUGCCAGAAGAUGUCUUCAUGCAUACUCUCCCAGAGACUCGCAGCCAAGCCCUCAAGUACUUCAAGGAGUUCUUCUCUAGAUGUGUGACCUGCCCCGUCUAUCACCAGUGGGUCUCUGAGCUUAAAGCCUCUGUAAUGAGAUCUGGAAAAGGAGAAUCCAUGUCCUUGACUGACAUCAUCAGACCUUUUGACACCUGCUUGACCAGGAUUUGGAUAGAGGGAGAAUUCCUGGAGGAAAACAACUCCUUUGGAGGAAAUUUAGGAAUACAGAGAUUUGACAGAGUGGCUGAUGUCAGGGAGAAUAAAGAUGAAGAAGAAAUUCAAGAAUGUAUAUGUUAAAAAAAAUCAUUUGAAGGGACCAUUGUUCUCUUGUAUAUAACACAAAGAAAUGAUCCAAGUUCUCCUUUUUAAGAUACUGGACAGUAUAUGUAUUAAAUACACCAGCCGUUUACACUCACCACUGUCUAUAUCUUUGUCAAAAUAAAAGCCUAUGUUUCUGAA